GUGUGCGACGCCGAGGACGACCUGGGACCGUUAUGAGUCUUUUCGAGACCAGUCUUGUCCCAACGGCCGCCCGUGAACCUCAAUAUAGUCCGUGAAAAUUGUCAAUUUCUCGACGAUCGUCUGAAACCUUUGGAAUCUUCUCAUAAAAUAAAUAUAAACAAAUUUUUUUAAAUCAAAACUAUUUGAUUUUUCUUCUGUGUGAUCUCAGAAUUGUUCGCGAAUAUCAAUUUCUCGUCUGAAAUUUUUCAAAGCCUUGUAAUACAUCUUACAUUAUUUUUGACAGUUUUGAGCUUUUAUUUAUUUUUUUAUUUAUUCUUGUGAAUGGUGAUAAUAAGCUUAUGCUACAGAAAUAUAACACAUUCGUGAAUUUUUACAAGGUGCGUGAAAAUUAUUUUGUAUUGAUAAAAGCAAUAUCUCAUCAUGAAGAUAUUAUUCAGUCUGAUGGUGAUAAUGAUUCUCCGGCAAGCUAUCGCCGGAAUCGUUAGGAAGCCACCGGCCUUUUCAACACCAGUGUAUUCGAAUGCGUAUCUCCCCGCUGCCUUGCAGGUAAUUUUUCACGCGGUCGAGCAACUGAAGAUGCUCGAAGCGGAAGAAAUAUUACAAGAAGUAUUAGUAAUUUCUCCCUCGACAUCGACGACCCAAUCGAUGAAGCAGCAGCAACCACAAUCAACGACGCCUAAGGGAAUUUCCAUAACUUCAACUGCUAGAACCACGAAAAUUUAUGAUAAGAGGACAGAAAUUCCUAUAAUGUCAACUUCGACUUUAAUAAGUAAGAUAUCGAGUCAAGGAUCAUCUAAGACUUAUGAUCAAACAACAGAAAUUGCUCAGCGCUUGGUAACUUCGACUGCGAGCGUUGUAUCUGAUUACAAAGAGACACCUGAAGUGAAUGAAGAGACGACUGAAAUGAAUUACGAAUUACCGGGUACGCCGGAAGUGAAUCACGAAUCACCGGAACUCGUGCAUGAGACCCAGGAAUUGAAUCAGGAAGUUCCGGAGAAGAACGAAGAAAACUCAAACGUGGAACGCUCUUUCGAUGAUGUAUCCAAAACUCCGCGAUACGAUGGUGAGUCGCAACAACAAUCGACACAGGUUUUUACCACGCAAGUGUCGAAUGAUCAAAAAAAGAAGGAACCUACUGUCGACAGCGUCGUGGAUAAAAUUCACGAAAUCGUGAAGACAACUACAUCCCUGUUUGUCGAGGAAUCGGAUGACACCGAGUCGAAGAGCGUGGAAACGUCGAUCGAGAAGUCGGAGAACAUUGAGGACGAAGAAGAAGAAACAAGAUUCUGUUUACUGGGCGAGCGAGUGGCUCAAGUGCCGCGUCCAAGUUUGAGUAAUUAUCUACGACGUUCCAAAGUGCCUCCUAAACCAUCUCUUCAACAACUGGCGAACCUUUAUGACUCUCUCAGUAAAGACGCGCGGAAGCAAGGGUUCGCGCGUUUUGCUGGUUAUACGGACGAAGUCUUGAAGAUCUUGUACUCAUCAGCCGAAGGUGGCAUAGGACCGCAGCUAAAGCAGUUGCUAGAGAAGGUGAUAGAGCGGAAUGAGCUCACCAGAGAUGACGCGAAGUUGAGGACGUCACAGGCGCUGCGUGAUCUCAAUAAUCCUGGUAGCUCGCUCAGCAAGGAUCUGAGACCUCUGUUACCGUUACGUUAUACGCUUUAAUUAUUUGAAAGAAUUGCAAUGUUCUUAUAACUUUUAGAAACGAUAAUACGAAUGUUGCAAUAGAAAAAAAUUAUUUUCUUUUUAAAAAGAAAAGAUAAUUAUUAUAUCCUUAUCGAUUAUAAGAGGAUUUUCUAAGUGGUCUCAUUCAAUAAACUUAAGUGUGAAAGCUAAAAAAUGCGUGUAUUUAAAAAAUAUGUCUUAUUGAAAACUUGAUUAAAACUGUCAUGGGGUAUUUUUUAAAAAUAUAUCUUAUAUGGCAUUUUAAAUGUAAUUAUCUCAUCUUAUCUAAAUAAAAAAAGAAAUUAAAUC